GUGCUGGCGAGCAGAGUCUGCAGCAACAUGUGGCAGAGGCAGAGCACGUGGCCUUGGGUGGGGAAGCGGGCUGGGUGCUUGGUGCUUGGAGACCAGAUCAUGUCUGCACCUGCCCCAGUCGCUUGGCAGAUUGGCAAGGCAGGCUGGCAGAGCCUGGGCGCGUGGGAGGCAGCCAGCAGCAGCACCAUGUGCUGACGACCUCACAGCCAGACUCCCCCCUGUUCAGGGCUGAGUGUUAGAACCACCCCCAGAACCUCAGUUAAGCAAAGGGGUUGGUUUCCAUGGAGACACAUCAUCCUUUCUCCAUGACAACCCGAAAUCCCAAAACCCAAGUUAAGCUCAAGAAUGAGUCAUCUGUGACCAGUAGGGGGCGCGCUCCCACAAGCUGACCUCAAGGCCAUGGACAGAUGAGCAAUUGACCCCGGACCUCAAGGUGCCCCAGAGGCGAGGCCCAGGCCUGCGGGGACCUAGACAGGCCCUGCUUAACCCCUUCCUGCCCACCUGUGUGGUUGGAGGCGGCUGGCAAGGCUGCAGGAUGCACCAUGUGGAGGUGGUAGCCCCACAGUCGGGGCCCUUGGAGGGCCACUUUGCAGGCAGAGGAUUCCUGCCCCCGGAGGCUGAGCCCAGAACAGGGGAAGCAGGCACUGCCCGGGCUGAGUGGACACACAAGAGUUAACUGGCGGGUGUGGCAGGGCGAACCGCCCUCAGGAAGUGUUACUCACCACUGGGAAUGUGCGAGCUCCUGCCUUGGGGGCUGGAUUCUCUUCCUGAGUCCCGGGAGAAACCGACUGAAGGAGCUCCCCGCCAUGGAAACCACGGGGGAGCCAGGAGCAGGCCUUCUGGGAACCCCCAACCCGACCAGCUUUGCGCCUGGGCACCUGGAGAGAGGAAAGCCGGCCCAGGCCCCGCUGUACGAUGUGCCUGAUGCCGGCGGGGCACAGGCAGGAGGGCCCCAGCAGCCGGGCACCGUGAGCCUGCGGGAGCGCCUGCUGCUCACCCGGCCCGUGUGGCUGCAACUGCGGGCCAACGCUGCGGCCGCACUGCACGUGCUGAGGACGGAGCCCCCGGGGACCUUCCUGGUGCGGAAAUCUAACACUCGCCAGUGCCAAGCCCUGUGCGUGCGGCUGCCUGAAGCCAGUGGCCCCUCCUUCGUUUCCAGCCACUGCAUCCAAGAAGGCCCUGGGGGCAUCUCUUUGGAGGGCUCAGAGCUGGUGUUCCCGGACCUGGUCCAGCUCAUCUGUGCCUACUGCCACACCCGGGACAUUCUUCUCCUCCCGCUCCAGCUCCCCAGAGCCAUCCACCUGGCAGCCACCCACAAGGAACUGGAAGCCAUCUCCCAUCUGGGCGUCGAGUUCUGGAGCUCCUCCCUCAACACCAAGGCUCCACCGGGCCCAGCCGAGGGCCCACUGCUGCCCCGGCUGAAGCCACGGUCCCCACAAGAGCUGGACCAGGGCACCGGAGCCGCCUUGUGCUUCUUCAACCCCCUGUUCCCAGGGGACCUGGGCCCCACCAAGCGGGAGAAAUUCAAGAGGAGCUUCAAAGUGCGUGUGUCCACGGAGACCUCCAGCCCCCUGUCUCCACCGGCUGUGCCGCCCCCCCCAGUCCCGGUGCUGCCAGGAGCAGCCCCCCAUCAGACAGAAAGGUUGCCGCCUCGCCAGCUGCUGCGGAGGGAAAGCUCAGUGGGGUACCGUGUGCCAGGGGGCGCCGGCCCCAGCCUCCCACCACUGCCCUCCCUCCAGGAGGUAGACUGCGGCUCCCCCAGCAGCUCAGAGGAGGAGGGGGCACUGGGGUCCCAGGGGAGCCCAGCGACCUCCCCCUGCCUAGGCCGCCGGCGGCCUCUGCUUCGAUCCAUGAGCGCUGCCUUCUGCUCCCUGCUGGCACCCGAGCGGCAGGUUGGCCGGGCAGCUGCCGCGCUGAUGCAGGACCGACACACAGCCGUGGGCCAGCUGGUGCAGGACCUGCUGACCCAGGUGCGGGCCAGCCCCGAGCCCCGACUGCAGGGUAUCCGAGAGGCGCUAAGCCGGGCCCGGGCCAUGCUGAGUGCAGAGCUGGGCCCUGAGAAGCUGCUGCCGCCAGAAAGACUGGAACGUGUCCUGGAGAAGUCGCUGCAUCGCUCCGUGCUCAAGCCUCUCCGGCCCAUCCUGGUGGCUCGGUUGCGGCGCCGGCUUUCCACCAGCGGUUCCCUGGGCCGCCUGGCUGAAGGCCUCCGCCUGGCCCGGACCCAGGGCCCCAGAGCCUUUGGGUCUCGCUUAAGCCUGCCCUCCCCGGUAGAGGUGGAGCAGGUGCGCCAGAAGCUGCUGCAGCUGCUUCGAGCCUACUCACCCAGUGCCCAGGUCAAGCGGCUCCUGCAGGCCUGCAAGCUGCUCUACACAGCCCUGAGGACCCAGGCGGGGGAGGGAGCUGGGGCUGAUGAGUUCCUCCCACUGCUAAGCCUUGUCCUGGCCCAGUGUGACCUUCCUGAGCUGCUGCUGGAGGCUGAGUACAUGUCAGUGCUGGAGCCUGCCCUGCUCACCGGAGAGGGCGGCUACUACCUGACCAGCCUCUCAGCCAGUCUGGCCCUGCUGAGUGGCCUGGACCAGGCCCACACCCUCCCCCUGAGCCCCGCGCAGGAGCUGCAGCGCUCCCUAAGCCUCUGGGAGCAGCGCUGCCUGCCCGCUACCCACAGCUUCCAGCACCUCCUCCGAGUAGCCUAUCAGGACCCCAGCAGUGGCUGUACCUCCAAGACCCUGGCUGUGCCCCCAGGGGCCUCCAUUGCCACGCUCAACAAACUCUGUGCCACCAAGUUCCGAGUGACCCAGCCCGACACUUUCAGCCUCUUCCUGUACAAGGGGCAGGACUACCACCGCCUGCCCCCCGGAGCCCUGGCCCACCGGCUGCCCACAGCCGGCUACCUCGUCUACCGCCGGGCAGAGCGGCCUGAGACCCAGGGGGCCUCCCCUGGGGCUGCAGCAGAGGAGGGCAGUGGGCCAGAGGCAGGGGGCAGAGAGGAAGAGAAAGGGCGAGACGGGGACACCGAGGUCGAAGCCAGCCCUAGGGACAGCGGGGGAGAGUCUGAGACAGUGGCCGAGGGGGCCGGGCGCCAGGCCAGGGAGGACCCCACUCAGCCACGGGGACGAGAGGCUGAGGGAAGCCUGGUAGCAGAGGAGUAGCUGGGAGUGGACAGAAAGGCCGCUUGGGGCAGAAAACUCUGAGCCCGCUGGGAAGGCCUUUGAGAGCCGUCAGCCCCCUCAGCCUUCCCCACCCCAGGCAGCUCCCGUGUCUGCCGCCACCUCUGACUCCCCAGCACCGUGAUCACACCAGCUGGGCAGGGCCUGCGCUGCCACGUCUGGGGCCCGGGGUAAAGCUGAGGGGGUUUUGGGGGCCCCAGACCAAGGGCCCAGGGCCCUUUGCCUCUCAUUCCCCCACAGCUGGAGGCCAGCCAGCCCUCAGCGGUGAGUGUGCCCAACCCUGGCAGCAGGGGAGGGACACAGCCUUGGCAGCCCCUCCAGGCUGGGGGCUUCAGGGCCCUGAGAGGCCCCCCCACUCCUGGGCCUCAGGGGAUUCAGGGAAGCAGCAAGGGCUCAGGGCCCAGUCCUGCCCAGGCUCCCUGGAGAAUGAGCACCUCCAAACCUCAGUGUCCUCACCUGGAAGAUGGGGGUGCUGCUGCUGCCUCCCUGCCCUCUCCCAGAAGUCUUCCAGGAGUCACAGUGGAAUUCCCGCUGUGGUGCAACAGGAUUGGCAGCAUCUUGGGGGCGCCGGGACGCAGGUUCGAUCCCCAGCCUGGCACAGUGGGUUAAGGAUCCGGCAUUUCUGCAGCUGUGGCUUAGGUCACAACUAAGGCUCAGAUCUGAUCCCUGGCCAGGGAAUCCGGGCUGGAAAAAAAAAAAAAAAAAAAAGGAUGGUUUUGCUGCAAAGUAGACCUCAGACUGGGGGAGAGGAGAGGGAAGGAGGUUGGGUGUUAGCAAACCGUGCUCAACACACACACACAAACCCGUCCAAGGGUCUGUUCUCUCCACUCACCGAAGGGAGAGGGUCUCCAGACAGCCCAGGGGACAUCCUAGAGGUCACGUCCGGCCAAGGGAGCAGCCACAUCCCAGUCUUUCCACAAGAUGAGCGGUCCUUCCUCCCAGGCGUGCUGAGGGGAACUGGCAGGCGAGACGGGCUUCUGAAACAGACUGAGGACUGGGAAACCGAUUUUUCUCUGCACUUACCUCUUUGGGGUCCCUCCCGAGGGCUUUAGGGGAGACGGUCUGGCUUAUUACCCACUGAAGUUUGGAAUGGUGACUCCUGAGAUUCCACACAGCAGGCCGUUAGGGGCACCCAAACCAGGAUUCAGAUCCCAACUACGCCCUGUGUUCUAAGCCACCAACAAAUCAACCCCCAAGGCCCAACAGACCCCCAAGGGAGGCCCCAAGUAGGCAGCAAAUGAGCAAAGAAUGUGCCGGCGACCACCACAAGGGGGCGUGCGCGACCCAGGCAGCCACAGGGCGGUGACCCGCUGGAACCAGGGCAGCCACAGUGUAGGUGGUCACCGAGUUUGUGGUCUUGUGGCAGCCUGGGGACAAGUGCCAAGGCCGAGGCUUCUGGCCCUCAGCGCUCUUGGAGUCAGAGGUCUGGGUGAGGCCGGCCUCCGGGGCCACUCCCAGGGAAGGAACUAGCCAGUGGGGGAAGAAAGACCCUAGCGGAUCUCUCCGCGAGGACCACAAAGGGACAUGAUGGCUGGAAGGUGGAAAUCCGGGAUGCUGGGAUUUCAGACGCUCCAGAUACAGCCCAGGUGUCUCCCUGGGCCUUCCCCACCUCUGCCCUCCCCCCGCAAGCCUCUUGCUGGUGGGCAGCCUCCCUUCCCCUUUCUGUGUGUCCUCCCAGUCCCGCUCCAGCCCCAGUGCCUUGUACAGCGCUGGGCACUCCACAGGCACCCAAUAAAUGUCAUCCACCUACUGGAGCUUGAUAA